ACUACCUUGCUGCCAGUCUGCUCCUGGUCCAGGUCUUGUUCUGGGUCCUGGUCCUGGUUCUUCCAGCGUAGGAACUCUCUGAAGGAGAACGGGUUCAGGUCCAGGUCCAGGUUCAGGUCCUCAGAGUCCAGCUGCUCGUCUGCUGAGGAGGUCAGACCACGUGAUGACGACGUGAGAUCAGCUGACCAUCGUAACAAUAACAACAAUAACAACAAUCAUCAUACCGUCUGUGAUGAUCAGACUCUUCUGUUUGGACAUGACGUCACUUACUGGUCAUCGAUCGUCACGUCUUUCCCGCCGUGUCUCUCCUCCUGCGGGACUAAAAACAGAACCCGGAAGCACACACAUGCGACAGCUCCGAAACUCACGUGACCGACCUUCUGACUUCUUAUUGGCUGAGACGAUCACGUGACGCAGGAGGCAGAAGACGGUAGAAGAAAAAAAAGAUACGAGUUUCUUCUCCACGUGUCCCGUUUCAGAGCUGCGGUCCCGGUUCCCUGCGGAUCUCCUCCGGUGAGUGGGUUAGUGCAUGAGCCCGGGUUAGCCCGGCUCGUCUUGGCGGGGAUUUAAAGCAGCUCGGCGGGUCUGGAGCCGGAUGUCAAACCGGGUUCGUCUGCUCUGGUUCUUAUCCAGGUCUUAUAUGGGUCUCCUCAUCCGGCUGUGAUUGACAGCUGGUGGGCGGGGCUGGAGAACUGGUUCUGGUCCCGGAUCAGUCUUCAGCUGCAUCGGUGUGUGUGUGAAAACCAAAAACAAACAAAUUCAAAAAUGAUCAAAUUUAACGGGGGCACGUGUGUUCAGUGUACCGGAUGUGACCGAAGACAGUUUGUGGUUGGAUGACGUCAUUCACUAAAUACGUUAUUUCAGCUCAAGUUUGUUCCGAAUUAUAAAGAAACUGAAGAACUCACCUCCUGGUUCCUCCUUCAGGUUUGUGAGGAGAUGGUAAAAUAGUUUAAAUGAUGUUUGGUCAGAAGCUGUUAACUGAGCAGUGUGACCACUGACCACUGUGGCCAGUGUGACCUCAUGUGUCCAAUCUGCAGAGCUGGACAAUGUCUGAAGAGAUUCCACCUGAGGGGGGGCACCCCCAGGCCCAGUCCACCGAGUCCCAGGCCCAGUCCACCCAGUCCCCAUCCCAGGUCCAGUCCAAGUCCCAGCCCGGUUCCAGUUCUUCCAGCGGGCCGACCUCUGCCAGCCAGUCCUCCAGUGGGUCUGGGACCCUGAGCAGCGUGGACACCAUCCCCGUCACCCUGUCCUCCGUCCCCGAGGAGCCUGAACCACAACCCUGGGGCCGCCUGCUGCCCAUGGCCCCGGGCUUCAGGAGCCUCGACUGUUUUGAGGACCAGUACCUGUUUGGACGAGACUCUCAGUGUAAUUAUGUUCUGAAUGACCCGAAUGAGCUUCGAUCCAAAAAGUUCAGAAUCUACAGUAAGAAACACUUCAGGGUCUACAGAGAGGGCAGUGAGGUGUUCGUGGUGGACUUCAGUAACAACGGGACGUUUGUUGACGGUCUGCGUAUCGGUAAAGACAUGAAGCUUCCUCUGGUCAACAAUGCUGUGAUCUCAUUGGCUGAGCAGCGGAACAAAGUGUUUGUGUUCAUCGACCUGAUGUCGGACCAUCAGUCCAGUUUACCCAAAGAGCUGCAGGAGAAAUAUCUGCUGACUCGACGCAUCGGCACGAUAUUUGAUAUAUUAUAUCUAUAUUUACAUCAUGUCUCUCUGUCUCUCAGGAUGGAGGGAGGAGAGCUGUUCCACAGAGUAAAGUCUCAUCAGCUCGAUGAAUCCGUCACUAAACUUUAUUUCUAUCAGAUGCUGAAAGCUGUUCAGUACCUCCACAGUAAGGGGAUCAUCCACAGAGACCUGAAACCAGAGAACAUCCUUCUGUCCUCUCAGGACGACGUCUGUCUCAUCAAGGUGACAGACUUCAACCAGUCCAGGAUCCUGGAGGAGACCCUGUUGAUGAGGACUCUGUGUGGGACCCCGUCCUAUCUGGCUCCGGAGGUCUUCACUCAGGCCUCCACCACCGGGUACAGUCUGGCUGUGGACGCCUGGAGCCUCGGAGUCCUGCUCUUUGUCUGUCUGUGUGGUUAUCCACCUUUCCAUGAAAGCUUUGGUCGAUCGAUCACAGAGCAGAUCAUUGAUGGAGAGUUCACCAUGGUCCCCUCCAAGUGGAGACACAUCUCUGAUCAAGCGAAGGACGUGGUGAGGAAGCUGCUGGUAGUUGACCCCAGGAGGAGGAUGACGAUAGAGGAAGCUCUGCAGCACCCCUGGUUACAGGAUGGUGUGAUGGUGCAGACGGCUCACAGACUCAUGUUCCCCUCUGAUGAUGAUGCUGCUGCUGCUGUUGCCACGCCGGAGGCGGGGUCAGCCGCCAGGAGGAAACGAGAACGAGAUGGAGACGAAGAACAUCCUGCCAAACGGAGCCAAGCCCCGCCCCCUGCCCCAGUGUAGAGGACCAAUCAGAUUCAGACAUUCCUCAGGUCAUGUGACUACACAUGUUCACUACUGAAACACUGUAAAUAGUUUGUCUUCUAAUAAAGUACUUCAUAUUUUUCCCUCUGUUCGUUUCUGCUUUUAAUUUAUUCACUUUGAAAACGAAUUACAUUUUUUUUUUCAGGGUAAGCCCCGCCCCUUUUAGCUCUGCUCCAAUAACAGUUGAGCCUCAGUCGACUUCCUCUUCCUGUUGUACUGAGACAUGCUACGUCUGUUCAAAGAGAACGUUAGCAAACCGAACGUGUAGCUAACGUUUAUCUACAAAUUUCCCCCUGGGGAUGAAUAAAGUACAUAUCUAACGUGUAGCUACACGUUAGCAGUCUGAUCCGUCACACUAAACAGAACAGUCGCCAUGUUUCUCUUAGCAACAGUAACUAACGAAAGGCCGCCGUAAUGACCUGAUUGGCCGAGAUGAAAAAAAAAACACCAAGCUGCUUUUUAACCAAUCAAUCAUCAACUACAUGAUUGGC